AUGUCGAUCCGGACGUUGAAGACUUAUAUCUACCGAGCAUGCGACUCGACGUUGUUCGAGCCGAACCUUGCCCUUGAUUUGGAGAUUGCGGAUUUGAUUAACCAGAAGAAGGGAACUUACCCUCGUGAAGCCGCAUCUUUCCUCCUCCACUUCAUCAACAGCUCUGACCAACAUGUCGCGAUCCUCGCCCUUGCCCUCCUCGAUAUUCUCGUCAAGAAUUGCGGUUACGCCUUCCACUUGCAAAUCGCCUCAAAAGAAUUCCUCAAUGAACUCGUCCGAAGAUUCCCCGAACGCCCUUUGGCGCGACCCAGCCGUGCGCAAUACCGAAUUCUGGAAUUGCUCGAGGAGUGGAAGUCCACUAUAUGUGUCAACAGCCGCUACAAGGAUGACCUCGGGCAUAUUCGGGAUAUGCACCGUUUGCUGACUUACAAGGGCUACAAGUUCCCGGAGGCCAAGUCUGAUUCAUUAGCUGUGCUUAACCCUUCAGACAACCUCAAGUCCGCUGAUGAACUGGAAGAGGAAGAGCGCGCUGGUAAGCAGGCGAAGCUUCAGGAGUUGAUUCGACGUGGUACACCUCAGGAUCUCGCCGAUGCUAAUGAGCUGAUGAAGGAGUUGGCGGGUUACAAGAACCAGGUGGAUUACCGUGCUAAGGCUGCGGAGGACGUAGAGCGCGUCAGACAGAAGGCGAAUAUGCUUAUCGAGAUGAUGGCCGGUGUCAAAGACGGUGAUGUUAUCGGUCAGGCUGAUGCCUUCGACGAGUUGGCGAACGCUGUCAAGAACGCCCAGCCUAAGAUUCAAAAGAUGGUGCAGGAGGAGAGUGAUGACGCAGAGGCAGUCGUCAAGCUUUUGGAGUUGAACGACUUCUUGAACAACACUGCGACUAAGUUCGACGCGUUGAAGAGGGGCGACUGGGAGACGGCAAGGAGCAUCAACGUUCACCAACUCGGCACACCGCCCGCAAGAGCGGGAGGUGCUUCGCCCGUAGCCGGAGGUGCACCAGCAAGUAAUAUACAGUCUUUGUCUCUGAUUGACUUUGACUUCGAUGCUCCUGCAGCUACUCCUGCUGCGGCACCUCAGCCUGCGCAGACCGGUAGCUCUGCUGCUGACGAUCUCCUUGGCGACCUUGCCAGUCUUUCCGUCCAGACGCCCUAUGGUCACGGUGGUAACAUCUCCCUUGGUGCUCCCAGCGCUCCUUCCUCUCCCCCACCACAGAUGCAGGGCACCAACAACUACUCCGCCUUGGAAGACCUCCUCGGCGGUGGCAGCAGCCACUCCCGUAACGCAAGUAGUUCGAGUGCUGGUGCUUUCGGAGCUAUCGGCUCCUCCGCUCCUGCCCCUGCUGCUGCUUCAGGAGGCGAAGUUACCAUCAACGACUCCGCUGCCUUGUCCGUCCGCAUGGAGGUUUCCCGCGUUGGACCCGCGCCUGACGCACCCAUUCUCUUGACUGCCAAAUUCAACAACAAGUCUUCUCAACCCGUGACCGACCUCGUCUACCAGAUGGCCGUCCCCAAGUCCAUGGUUUUGAAGAUGCAGCCCGCUUCCGGUGUCCAGCUCGCUCCUAUGCAGCAGAACGGCAUUACUCAGGUUUCUCAGAUUACGGGUGUUCCGAGGGGAUCUGCGGGUGUGAAGCUUAGGUGGAGGGUUUCUUACAAGGUCGGUGGAAGGCCUGUUGAGGAGAGCGGUGAGGCGACAAACUUGCCUGUCGUCUGA